AUGAGAAAACCAGAGCAUGUUGAUGACCAAGACCUCGAACUCCUCAAAGCCGUGGCCCAAGCCUGGCACGCCCAGAGCGGCAACCCCAGACCCACCAAGGAGUCGGACGCCCAGAAGAACCACUUCAAACGCAAGCCCUCCCGCUUCAAGCUGGAGGCCAUCACCAUGGCUUCCGAGGCAUCCCAAUCCAACUGGGACUUCUCCCAGUCUCUCUGGGAUUCCUACGAGAUCGUCACCCUCUCCAAGAAGCUGGACGCCAACCUCGCCUUGGACCAGCCCUUGCCGAGCCCCCCGGAAUCCAGUCGUGCCGGCAAGAGAGCAAGGGAGACCAAAUACAGCUUAAGGAAUUUGCUCCAAAGAAUCUCCUCCAAAAGAUUUAGUAGAGAUGUUGAACCAAGACAGCAAAUGUAG